CAUUGUUGGGUGUUGCUUCGAGUUGUUUCUUUCAGUGGUUGUAUGUAUGCUUCAACGUAUUAGUCUAGUGUUCCUUCAGCUGUUGGUAUUCCAGCUCCUCCUGCAACUGCCAGUAUCCCUUGGUUUUUCUCUGAGCAACAACAAGGACUUGUCCAUGGGAAGCCAACAAGAACAGCAAGAACAAGAGCAACUCAUCGUUUGCAGCUAUUGCGAAGCAAAGUUUCCUUCUCGCUCGCAACUCUUCAAGCAUCUGAGAGCCAAGCAUGACUUGGAUGCUCUAUUAGAAGAGGAGAGUACCGGAAGUACACUGCAAAACUUGUCACCCUCGCAACGCACGGCCGCUUCGGUCGCCGCCAGAUCUGUCUAUUACAAUGCAGCACAAGAUGCCUACUAUCGAGCCCAAGUAGCAGCGGGUGUGUUUUCCAUAAGCGACUGGGAAGAAGCACAAGAAUACUUUCGACGACCAUUGCCAGUCGCUUUUCGAAUGCUCACACAGCAACACAAAAGUAGUGACUGGCGAUUUGCCUUUUGGGAGCGCUUGCAGCACUUAUCACCCGCCAAGAGUCUGCAAUCCUGUCCGGCAUUGGAUCCCCAUUUGGCCAAGACGGCCGUGAUUCCACCCCGUCAAUGGUCACCGGAAGCACAACAGGCUCUCAUGGAUGCGCAAGAAGUCGGUGUGGCCAAUCGACAAGAACUCUGCAGCAUGAUUCCUCCACUGCUGCUUUUACAAGACGGGGACGUGCUCCAGGGACGUGGCACUGUUUUGGAUCUUUGUGCGGCUCCCGGAUCGAAAUCCUUGCAACUUAUGGACAUGCUCCAACGAGUUCAGAUACAACCACAUUCGAAUGCAGCUAGUAACGACAUUGACAAUAACAAGAAUACUUCACAGCAGGACUCCACCUGUACUGCAAUGCUGGUCGCCAACGAUGCCAAUCGACAACGUCUCAUGACGGUCGCACGCCGGAGUCGACGAUUCCCCGCCACGGGUCGUCCUUCGCUCAUUCUCAAUUCCAGUGACGGUCGCUACUUUCCGGCACUCCGCAUGUGCGGUGGGUACAAGGUCAAAUUCGAUCGCAUCUUGGCGGAUGUUCCUUGCAGCGGCGAUGGAACGUUGCGCAAACUCUCCAAAAAGGAAUGGCAGCAAUGGAAUGUCAAGAGUCAUUUGCAAUUGCACACAUUACAAGUGCGAUUGUUGACGCGGGCGCUGGAAUGUGUCAAAAAGGGAGGUCGGGUUGUUUACAGUACCUGUAGUUUGGAUCCCAUCGAAGACGAAGCCGUUGUCGUGUCGGCCAUUGCCCGACGGGGAGGGCCCCGUGUGUAUCGCAUUUGUCCCAUUCCCGAUCGAUUAUGUCCUACCGCCACGGAACCACUAGCGUAUUCACCCGGGGCCACACACUGGGUGGUGCCGCAUCCACAAUUUGGCAAGACAAAUGCAAAAGCAAACACAACAUACGAUGAAACGUAUCAGUCGAUUGAUCAAGUACCGGCCAUGCAUCGGAAAAAGGACAUUCGUCCUUCCAUGUUUCCACCAAAAGCACGAACCGAGAAAGCCGUGGCACAAGUACUGGAUCAUGAUCCCGAAAAACUGGCGUUGGCGCGCAAGUUUGGAGAAAUAUUGAGUCCAGAGGAUGUGGAUCUCUACGAAACCAUGCUCCCGAAUUGUGCUAGGAUAUUUCCACAGCAUUUGGAUUCGGGGGGAUUCUUUUGUGCCGUUAUUGAACGUGUCGCACCCGCCUACUAUCCAGUGUGUUAUCCCUUGGAGCGCAAACGGCGGGAACAACAACAACAAGAGCUGUCCAGUAUGGGAGACACUGCUAGUGAUAGUCAUGACGCGGAUACGGCAGAGUCGCAGCAGCAACAGGAAGAACUAAUCUACAAAUAUCAUGGUCGCAUUCUGACCAAUGUUCAAUCAGCACAGCACAUGAGGGAGUUGCUCGUCAAAGACAAAGCACAAGGGGAUGAAGUCAUAUUUGAAGGAGUCGCCACUAGGGAUCUGGCAGUGAAAUGGCUUCAAAACCACAGGGCAUUCAUUCCAGGGAUCAGUGAACAACUCUUGACAUCACCGGCAAGAAGUGCCAACAACGAGGACAGUGACGAUGAUGACCAGGAGGCGGGAGAGAAAGGCACGCCCGACGUCAACAAUAAACCUGCUCGCAAGCGACAUGUCAACGACCCAACCAAAUCUUUCAUGUACACUCGAUUGUUUCCUCCACCCCACCCUUCUCUUGUCCAAGAGUUUGUGGACUUUUUUGGAUUGAAAACAUGCCCUCAAGAGGCGUCCCAAGCAGGCGUGGAACCAUUUCCGGUGGAACGCUUGGUUAUCCGGCAAGGAGGCGACGAUGCUGUCAAUGUCACAUCCUGUAUGGACCCUGACGAGGCACAUACACUUGUUCCUUGGGACAACAGCGAGGAUUUUGCCGCAAAGAACAAGGGCUCAAUAACAUCCAACACCACCAAAAUACCUCGAAAGCGCCGCUUCUUCCACUUGGUCCUCAUUUCGGAACAGAUACGAAAUCUCUUCAAAGGCGGCGCCAAGUUCUCUCCAAUGGAAGUGGGCUUGUCUUUGUGCUGGGUGCCCGUGCCAGGUCAAUAUCGGGAAGCUCCACCCGGGAAGACUGUGCAUCAACCAGACACAAACGAAGAAAACAAGGAAGCCACUAGGUUUGAAGAUUCUGCCGCACGAGCAGCUCAAAGUGGCCGGUACGGUCUCCUGGACGAAGCUGCCGAGUUCUUGGCUCAUCGCGCCACAAAACGCAUCGUCGGACUGGCACAGUCCCAGGCACUCCAGUUGCUAGAGGCUGGUCACCUUUCAGUGCAGUCAACGACAGCAGGAGAGUUGGCUACUAGUAGUAAAGCUCCCUCCGGUAGUAGAUGGGGUCAGCAACGGUUGGGAGAUUUGACAAACUGGAGCAUGGGAGCCGCCAUUGCCGUGGUGACUUGUGGAUGGACAGAUGGAGACGGAGAGCAGCCAUGUCCUCUUUUCAUGCCUUGUGUACUAAAACAGCAGGAAGCAUUGGGGCGACAUCUUUCUCUGGUAGCUGAGCUUCGCCUGGCGGAUGCAUGGAAACGGCUCCUACAGGCUUCUCCAGAUGAAAAGUGAUGGUUCACGCUUCCUUCUUCUGACUGUGUUCUAACUCCUUUGAUCCAAGCACCGGUGCAGUCCCAUCAAUGUCACCAGGCUUCUGCCAAGUAAGUCGCCAUUUCCGCCGCCAAGCCCCACACCAAACGAUCUUUUUAAAACCUGGCAAACACCAUACUACGUCGUACAGGUAUGAAAUAUGAAUGCAAGGAAGCAACCCAACUUCAGAGUUGUGAGGAAGGAUUCAAUGGUGGAGCCGACGAGCAGAAAGUAUUUCCAACUGCAUGCACGUCGUGAAUGACCUUCCUUGCUGUUCACACUGAUGAGCAAAGCUAAAUUUCCACAUUUCCUUGUUAUCGGAACUACUAAUGCUGGCGACUGAUGCCAUCUUGCUGCAAAGCAGAUAAUCUACAGAUCUAAAAAUGGCCUUGAUUUAAAAUGCUUAACUUUAUGCAUUGAUUAGUUGACU